GGUUAAGAUAACCGACAAAAUGCCACAAGGAACAAGAAAGAAACCGUUUAGCGGCAAAGCAAAAAAGCAACAAUUGCAAGCUAAAAAACAUCGACAAACUUCUACCUUACUCACUGGAAGUCAUAGCAGAGCUUAUGAAGAAAGAACAGAUCAUAGUGAUAGUUUGGGAUUCAACGCAGUACAAAAGAUCAACAAACAGCCAAAAGAUGACAAUUCUUCCAAAAACAGAUAUGCCUUACAAUUCUUCCAAGAAAGCAAGGAAGAGUUAAUGAAACGAAAGGAGCAAGCUAGAAAUGCUAUAGAACCUUUAUCUAUCAAAGAGCAAGAAGUUUCUGAUGAUUAUUUUCCACCAGAAAUUGACAUACCCAAAAGACCACCAUGGGAUUUUAAUAUGUCAAAAGAACAAUUAGAAAUGAGAGAACAAAAGUAUUUUACCGAAUAUUUGAAAGAUAUGGGAAAGUUGAGUACUGUCAGUUACUUUGAAUUAAAUUUAGAAACCUGGAGACAAUUAUGGAGAGUUUUAGAAAUGUCUGAUAUUCUAUUAAUUAUUGUUGACAUUAGAUAUCCUGUAUUAAUGUUUCCUCCAUAUUUAUACUCUUAUGUAACAAAUGAAUUGAAAAAAGACAUGAUUUUAGUAUUAAACAAAGUUGAUUUAGCUCCUCCAGCUUUAGUAGUAGCAUGGAAAGAAUAUUUCCAUAAAAUGUAUCCUAAAUUACACAUUCUAAUGUUUACAUCGUAUCCUACUUACAAUUUGCGUGGAAACAUAAGUGAAACAGAAGGAGUAAAGCAAAGACGUAGAAAAGGAAAAUUAAGGAUGGCCGCAGAAGGAGCACAAAAAUUACUAGAUACUUGCAAACAAAUUGUUGGAGAUAACGUAGAUUUAACUUCUUGGCACAGUAAAAUUCAAGAAGAGAUGCAAAUGGAAUUUGAUCUCGACGACGUCAGUCAUAAAGAUAGCGUAACAAUCGAGAAAGAAGAUACGAGUUAUUUCGAGCAUGAGCGUUAUAAAAAUGGAGUUUUAACCAUUGGAUGUAUCGGAACUCCAAAUGUAGGAAAAUCAUCUUUAAUGAAUGCUUUAAUGGGAAAAAAGGUUGUAAGUGUAUCACGUACACCUGGACACACUAAACAUUUCCAAACCAUAUACCUUACAAAAACUGUGUGUCUCUGCGAUUGCCCAGGGCUGGUGUUCCCAUCUACUGUCCCAAAACAAUUACAAAUAUUAAUGGGUUCCUUCCCAAUAGCUCAAGUUAGGGAACCAUAUACAACAAUUAAAUUUUUAGCCGAACGAAUAGAUUUACCGAAAUUACUGAAAAUACCACAUCCGGAUAACGACGACACAUGGUCCGCUAUGGACAUUUGUGAUGGUUGGGCUUUAAAACGGAAUUUUGUAACUGCACGAACCGGCAGAUUCGAUAGUUAUAGAGCAGCCAAUUCCUUACUGAGAAUGGCGCUUGAAGGAAAAAUCUGUAUAUACGUUUACCCACCGGACUGGGUCGUUAAUAAAGAAAACUGGGAGAAUCAUCCAGAAGUUGAAAUAGUAAGAUGGAUUCAAGCUAGAAACAAAGGAGAAGAUUUUAAUGACGCGGGUAAAGUGUAUUUGUCGUCUGAAGAUGAAAUGGAUGAAGAAGAACGUUCAGAAAGUCAAAAACAACAAAAGAAAGAGGAUUUUGAUAAUUCCGAUGAUACGUCAAGCGAAGAAUCAGAAAUACCACAAGUAGUUAAUAAAUUUGGAGCACUGUCCACGGAUUUAUAAAAAAAAUACUUGGUUAUCGUUUACUUUUAAAUAUAUUUUAUUAAUCAUUAAAUACACGUUACUUACGUUAUACUAUCUAUUUACAAAAAGGUAA